ACAGGCCAUAAAUUUUCUUACUCUCCACACACAUCAUCAACAUCUAAGAAGCCAUAUUCCGACUCCGCACACACACCAACACCACGAGCCCCCUUACACCUCGAACAGAAUCAAUACCCGAACCAAAUCACACCGAACAAUCUCCACGCCCACCAUCCACAAUGACCUCCCACGCUGACCGACCUCGCACGAAAUCCGAUAGGUUUUCCCGACGGCUAGCGGAAUAUCGACAGCGAUGGCCGGAAUACCACGAGCCCCACCUGCAGGGUAUGGAGAGGGUAGAGAGGAAGAGACAGCGGUGGCAGCAGAUGGAGCUUACCUGGAAGAUACGGUUCAAUCGGUUCGGCGCGCGUGUUGCUCAUAGGGUGACCGCUCGGUUGGAGACCAUACCAGAGGAGGAGCGGGAGUAUGAGGAUGAUGGCCGGGAGCAGGUAGGAGAGGAGCAUGUGGAGGAUGCCAUGGCGGGAGAAGAUGAUGAAGAUCAUUGGAAGGAUUUAGAGGGAUGGAAGGAUGAGAGGGGAAGGGAAGAUAUAGGAGAGUGGAAAGUGGGGGAAGAUAGCAAAUGUAGUGAGCAAGAGGAGGAAGGGCAAGAUGUAUUGAAGAGGUUUCCAGUCGAUGCGGACGUCAGUCAGACGAGGAAGCAAUGUUGCACCGAUGGAGGAGAGGGGAAAGGAGAUGAACAAGAGGUGGAGUCUCGCAGAAACGGCUUCGUAGACAAUAGGCGGACCUGGAGGAUCACCACCGGUACUAUCGAUUAUUCAACGGGUCUCAGCAUGACGACCAAGCUCGGGUCACGGACCGUCAGGGGACCAAAAUUCCAGUCAACACAUACCUUGGAGUGUGGGCGAGCGGAAUCUGUUGGAAGGUUGAACUCGAUCGCGGCCUUGUAUGCUGUUGUGUCAUCGGAGUCGGACGGGUCCUCUAAGUUUGUUGCAAGGUUGAAGUCGAUCUCGGCCACGAAUGCCGUCGGGUCCUCAGAGUCAAUCGGGUCCUGUCAGUCUUCAAAGCCGAUCAGCACCGAUCUCCACACACCUGUAUCCCAGCAAGCUCAUCCCGAAGCGGCUCGGUCAGAUUGCUCGACGGCGUCACCGAUGGCUAGCUCCAGGUGUUUGUUCCGAUGUUCGAAGCCGUCACGACUGGCUAGCUCCAAGUUUCUGCACCCAAAGGCGAACGCGUCACUGAUGGCCAGCACGGAGCGCAUGUUCUGGGAGACCAAGCCGCCACGAUCGGAGCCAGGCACCCGGCCUCGCAGGCUAUAAACUACGGCAAUCAGGGAUUGCGAAGUUUUUGGCGGGAGUAAGACGGUCGAUUGCGGCGAGGAGUCGAGG